CAAAUUUGCUUUUGACAAUUCAAAAGCAAAACAAAAGAAAAUGAAAUGGCUGAGGCUGCGGAAAAGAAAAAAUAUACGCUAAUAACAAAAUCGCAAUUGAAAUGGUAUGUUCAAUUCGUUAAAAAUAACCCGCUAAUUAUUAGUGGCAAAAAUACACCAUCAGACCCACAAGCUCAGAAAAGAUUGUGGAAUGAAGUUGCCAGGAAUCUCAACGCAAUGUAUGGGCCUGAUAAAACCCCGGAAAAGUGGAAAGAGAUGACAGAGAACCAAACCGAACCGCCUAAGGUAGAUGUGGCUCCUGAAAGCGAUAUGAAGAAAACUCAAAAUCAACAAGGCUUUAUCACAUAUCCAUCUCUAAAAACAUCGUCCAACAGAAUAUCACCUAGGAAAACCCAAUAUGUUUCUAUGGGAAACACAUCUAACGCCUCUACCAUAUACCCUGGAAGAAUGAGCCAAAAGGAUCGACGAUUAUUAAAAAUGAUAUUAGUUAUUUUUAUAUCUUUUCUUUUCUGUCAUUUGCCUAUAACUAUCACAAAAAUUUGGAAGGGCGCCACAGUGUUUCAUAUUGUUAAUAUAAGUGGAUAUUUACUUAUUUAUUUAACAACCUGUAUAAAUCCCCUCAUAUAUGUCUUCAUGUCCAAUGAAUACAGACAAGCAUAUUGGAAUUUACUGCGAUGUCGACAGAAAGCAUGAAUCGCCAAUGCUAUCCAGUUUUGGUAUAACUUAUGGUUAAUUUACAAGAGUUUUACAUAUACACAUGUGUUUUGCAUAUACAUACACAUUUUUUUAAGCAUCAAUUCACUUCACCAUUGUCAAAAACACAUUCUUAAUUCAAAGAUACUCCAACUAUAAGUAAGUACAUACAUAUCCAGGGCUGCCAAUUUAGCUCUUUUCCCGUCAAAUCUGGCUUUUUCGAAGUCCAUUUAGCGGCAGGAAAUUAGAAAUUGCGGGGAGGGGGAAAUCCAGCUUUUUGAGAAAUUUUUUGACGGAUUUUUAGCUUUUUCCCUUAUACAAUAUAGUACAUACAUA